AGGGGUGACAGACAGCUGGAGGUGUUGUGAAUGAGAGACAGAGAGAGAGAGAGAGUUCUACCUGUGGAGAACCGAAGCUGAAGCUGAAACUCCUCUGAAGAUUUAAACUGCGGAUUCUCGCGAGACUCGAGCACAAUGUUAAAGAAGAAAACUACGAAGAGCAGCGUGAACAUCACGGCUAAAAAAACGCCCACUGAUCUGUCCGUUCUGAUUGAGAAGCUGCAGAAAAAUGCUGACAAAGUGGAAAAGAACAUUGUGGAAACGGAGCAGAACCUCAACAAGGAUGUUAGUAAGAUUAAUGAGGGAAAGCCCCCACUGUAUCAGGAUGCCACCAACAAGUCCAUCCUGAGUGCCCUGGAGCUCCUCAACAGCCUGGACGAGGAUGCGGCGGAGGCGAGGCGCUUGCAGCACCCGCAGGCUGAGAUGAUCCAGCAGGAUAUGAAACAGCUGCGUGAGCGUGUGAUGAAACUUCGGGAUGAACACAACCACAUUUACAAUCUGACUCGCUCUGAGGGGCUUCCCAGUGUCAACUGGGGCAGGAUGAUCGAUGAGAAACUAGCAAAUCUCAACAACAAAGGAUUUGGCCAGGAUCUGCCCAGCAUUGAGAAUGACGUUGAGGAGCACAACAUCUUUCACAAUGAAGUGGAGGCACUUGCUCCCUAUGUCACUGAUGGAGGUGACAAGGACUAUGCUGGGAGUCAGCAGCUGAAAUACAACAAACUCCUGGCCAGCUCCACUGCCCGUCAGAAGAAUCUGCUGAGUCUGAGGGACUACAUGCAGCGCUGCACUAAUGAGCUCUAUUGGCUGGACCAGCAGGCUGAGGAGCGCACUGGCUAUGACUGGAGCGAUGCUAACCUGGACUACCCGGCUCGUAAGAGACAGUACGAGAACUUCAUCAGUAAGUGUCUGGAGUCUAAAGAGGGAACCAUCACUAAACUGAACGAUGAUGGAGAGAAGCUCGUUGCCCAGGACCACCCAGGGAAGAACGUCGUUGAGGCUCAUAUGGAGGCUGUUCAUGUGGACUGGAAGGAAUAUCUGAAUCUGCUGAUCUGUGAGGAGAAUCACCUCAAGCACAUGGACGAGUACCACAAGUUCCAUAAAGAGGCCAGAGACACUCAGGACCUGCUGAAGCGUCUGGAAACAGAAAUCCAUCAGAAGUACAACCCUGAGUUUAAAGACAUGUACCAACUGGAAGGCCUGCUCUCUGACCUCGGGGACCAAGCGAAGGCUCUGGAUCACUUUGAUGACCGAGUGAGGGCUCUGCAGAACCGCAGUCUGCAAGUUCUUCCGCUGCAGUACCGCAGGAACCCUCCGCAGAAGCUCCUGCCUGUUGAGGCGCUGUGUGAAUUCGACACAGAUGAGGGUCAGAUCCAGCGAGGAGAGCGCUACACCCUCCUGAGGAUGAACGGCAACAAGUGGGACGUUAAGGACGGGUCUGGCCGCACGCUGUCGGCUCCGGGAGUGUGCUUUAUGAUCCCACCCACUGAUCCUGAAUCCAUCGCUGUUGCUGAAAAUCUGGUGAACCAGCAGAAGAGCACCAAGCAGAAGCUGGCCACAGGUAAAACAGCACUGCAGGCUCGACUCACUGACCUGAGGAAGGACAGCACCAGUGGACAAGAUAAGCAGGAGGUGCAGUGCCGUCAGCUGAUGGCUGGUCUGGAUAAAGUGGUGAAUGACCUGGAUAAACAGGAGAAGGCCAUUAACGCUCAAGUGCGCCCCCCUCUGGAGCAGACCCGUCCCGUGCAGGACAGCUACGACAGGCUUCAGCAUAUGAAGGACAUUGCCUCUGCUGUCCGUAGGAUCGAGCCAGAGAAGACCUCCAAAGUUCAGGAGGCUGAGCUUUUCCUCAAAUCCAGCCCAAAGUGUGCCAGCUCUCCACAGCUUUACUCCAAGGUUGCCGAGACAAACAACAAAUACAACAAAGUGGACCAGCUGCUGAAGUGUGCAGAUGAUAAACUUCAGAAUUCCAACCGUUUGGAGAACUCCAUACAGAAUAGCAAGAACCUGCUGUCCACCUAUGAGAACAGGCUGGCUAGAGAAGAGGUGGCCCCAGCCGACCUCAGCUCUCUGGAAAAGACUCAGCGUGAACUAGCUGACAUGGCGUCUGAUCUGCGGGCGAAGAAGUCUAUCAUUCCGGAGAUGGAGCAGAAUCUGAGGUCUGCUAAGGUCAGCUGUGAUAACAUGGUGAACAAGGUCCAGGAGCACUGCCCUGAUAUCGAGAGGCAGGAGGCUGAUGUCCAGAAACUCAGCAAACGCUAUGAUAACCUCAACAGGCAAAUCGACUCCAGAUCACAGAGUCUGCAGAGAGCUAAAACUGCGUACAACAGCUACCGCAAUGAAUACGACAAUCUGAACAGCUGGCUGUCCCGUGUGCCCAACUAUGAGCCUCAUGAGACUGAUGACAUCAGGCAGGUGGAGUCCAAGCUGAAAAACCAGAGAAAUCUGCUCUCAGACAUCACAAGAAAGGAGGCUGACUUGAACAACGUCUCAAAGAAUGCACAGCUUUACCAGCAGUCUGUGAAGGACUAUGAAAGUGAAGCUGAGAGGUUCAAGUCCAUUCUUGACCUAGAAGAUGGCUUGGUUCCACAAACAUAUAAAAGAAGCAAACUGGAAUCUCCUGCCCUGCGAGUCAAGGGAGAGGAAGCAGCCAUUGAGGCCAAAUUCACAGAAGUAAAUGCAGUGAACAAACAACGACUGCAGAACUUGGAGUUUGCACAAAGUCUGCUUAAUCAGCAACCAGAGGUGCACAUAGUCCAGCAGAAUGUUCAGUCUGUGAAGGCCAGCGCUCCUGGAGAUGAACCCUGGAGAAUCAAGAAGCAGCUGGAUGAAGAAAUUCUGAAGAGACAGCAGCUAGAGAAUGAAAUUAAAACCAUUCAAAAUGACAUCUACGUGCUGGAAGGUCAAAAACCACAAGACACAAUUGUCAAGAAAGAGCUGAUCAAGAAGGUGCCUGAUCCUCAGCUGGAUGAAGAAAUGAACAAAGUUCAGCAGAAGCUCUCAGACGAGCGCAGGACAACCCGUAUCUUGGAGAGUGAGCUGGACACACUCCGGGUAAAGCUGCGAGGCAUUGAGACGGAAAUGAAGGAAGGUGCUCAACAGUAUACGGUCAAGGAGGUCCUCCGCAUUGAAAGAGACAGAGGACAGGAGGAGGAAGUGAGGAAGCUGAGGGAAGAGCUGGAGGAAAUCAAGAGGCAAAAGAUAGUAAAGGAUAAUGAAGUCAUCCAGAUUCAGAAGCAAAUAACUGUGCUUGCUGCAGAGAAAACCAAAGAGCAGGAGGUUAUCAAAGAGGAAGAAGUCAUCAAGAUUCAAAAUGAUCCUCAGCUUGAGAGCGAGUACAGAUUGCUCCUUGAGCGGAAGCAGAAGGAAAUUGAUAACCGAAAACAGCUUGAGGAUGAGCUUCGAUUCCUGCAAGAGAAACUGAGGCGCCUGGAGAAGGAAAAGGCCAUGGCUGAGGAGAAAAUCUCCAUUCGAGAGGUUCUUAAGGUGGAGAAAGACAUUGCCCUGGAGAGGGAGGUUGAAAACCUGAGAAGGCAGCUCGAGGAUGAAAAGGCAAAACGAAUGUCCUCUCAGAGAGAGAGAACUGACAUUCAGCGGAAGAUCACAAGCCUUGAGGAGGAAAAGUCAAAGGUUAUCAUCCAAGAGAAGGUGCGUGAGAUUGUUAGACCAGAUCCCAAGGCAGAAACCGAGGUGGCCAAUCUCAGACUAGAACUUGUGGAACAGCAGAGAAGGUGCAGAGAUUCUGAACUUCAGCUGAAGUCCUUCCAGGACGAGCUGAUAGUGCUGAAGAACAGAGGCCCACAGAUCGAAUACAAGGAAAUCAUCAAGGAGGUGAUCAGGUACAAGACUGACCCUGAAACUGAAAGAGAGCUGGAGAAACUCAGAAAUGAAAUUGUGGACAAGACCCAUCAGACAGAGAAGUGUGAACUUGAGAUCAUCCAAAUGAGGGAUGAGAUUCAGAGGUGGAAAGACACCAAGCCUCAGAUUCAGACCAAAGAGGUGGUUAAUGAGGUCCUCCAGUACAGAGAGGACCCUAAAACCAAAGAAGAAAUUGAAACCCUUAAGCGGAAACUUGCUGAGGAACAGAGGAAGCGUUUGGACCUGGAGAGAGAACGAGCCUCCGGUGAAGAGAAGAUCAGGAUUAGGAAGAUUGACUUGUCUCAGGUUAGGGAGAAGGUUGUGCAGCAAGAGGUGGUGAAGAUGGAGCAGGAUCCAGUCUUGAGAUCUGAAUGUGACACCUUCACUGAAAAGAUUAACAAUGAAGUGCGACAGAGGGAGCUCUUGAAAGAGGAGCUGGUCAGGCUUCAACGUCUAAAGAAUGAUCUUGAGCUCCAGCUGGAGGAACUUGAGCGUGAACGCAGAGCCCGUAGAGACGCUGAGCUGGAAAUUCAGAGGUUGAGAGUUCGGCUCAAUGAGCUGGAGAUCAGGGACAAGGAGAACAGAGAGAAGGUCACAGUGAAACAAAAGGUGGUCCUGCAGCAAGAUCCUCAGCAGGAGAAAGAACAUUCCAUCCUACGGCUCCAGGUUGAGGAAGAGAGGCACAAGCGCGUCCUUCUGGAGAAAGAGUACAAUGCUCUGAUUCAGAAACAAGAAACACUCGAGAGGACAGAGGUCCGCGAAAAAGUUGUCCGCACAGAGAAGGUUCAGGUCGAGAAAGAUCCCGAAGCUGAACUUGAAAUCGAGAGGCUGAAGAGAAGCCUUGAGGAAGAAACAAGACGCCGGCAAGAAUUGGACCUGGAGCUUACCACUAUCACGUCCAGACUGACCGAAAUCGAGUUCACAAACACAAAGUCGUCUAAAGAGCUGGACUACAUCCGUGAUGAGAGCAACAGACUCCAGCAGGAGAACCAACGUCUCCAGAACGAAAUUCGGAAACUUCAGGCUGAGAUCCAGAUCACCACAAAGGAAACCAGACAGAUCACAGAGUCUCUUCCAGUGGACAGCAGCAAGAACCUUGAAAUCCGGGUAGCGUCUCUACAGAAAGAGCUGUCUGACCUGAGACGCAUCACGACAGAGAAAGAAGAAGAAAUCGAAAGGCUACAGAAGAACCUUUCUACAGUAAGGGUGAAGAGAGAGCAAAGAGAAAGCCAUCUCCGCCGCUCCAUUGUCGUCAUCGAUCCAGACACCGGAAAAGAGAUGCGGCCCGAAGAGGCAUACAAGCUGGGCCUGAUCGACUGGAAGAUGUUCGUCAACCUCCAGAGUCAAGAAUGCGACUGGGAAGAGAUCACCAACAAGGGUCCAAACGGGGAAACGUCUGUUCUUCAUGACAGAAAAUCAGGCAAGAAGUUCUCCAUCGAGGAUGCCCUACGGUCUGGAAACAUCACAAACCGUCAGCUACAGCAGUACAAGAACAAAGAGAUCAGCAUCCAGGAGUUUGGCGUCAUGAUUUCGGGGAAGAGCAAAUAAUCACCCAAUAUGUUUUUGUCUAGUUUUAUUUUAUUCUGACACUUUACUUCUUUAAAGUUCUUAUUAUUUUCUGUGGGUUUUCAGAUUAUAGAGACAAUAAUAUCACCUGUCUGUUCUCUGCUUUGGUUUCUGAUUUUUGAGCUAAUAGGGAGAAUAUCUAGGCUAAAACACCUUUUUGUUCUUCUUGAAGGCGUUCUGAUUGAUCGGGCUGAGUGUUAUCUGGGACUGUCCUUAACAUGUUCUUAAUAAAUAGGCUACUUAGCGAAACCAUCCAUUUUCAAAUACAGCAUGUUUUGUAUGCUACAGUACGUCCUCAUGACACUUUGAAUGUUCCUUUAUUAACCACUAUCAGAUGAACCUGUGUUUCUACUGUUUUUCAAAAUAAAAUACAUGUGGGCAAACUGGA